AUGGCCGAUGAAGAUGAACAACAACAAGCUGGUCAGCUGAAGCCUAACUCGGGAUUGGGCUCUCUUCCAACGCUAGUACCAGGACUCCAGGGCCCCGAGGCCAAUGCGUUGCAGUACAAAAUUAAGAAUUCAAUUUGGUAAGAGAUGUAGCAAUGCAUUCAAUGGCCAAUGCACACACACACACACACUAUACACACUUCACUCGCUUCUAAAUUAGUCACGGCGCUGCACAGGUACAAAAUGAUGACAGAUCGGGGUCUCACUCUCAUUUAGGUAUUGGAUUCGUUAGCUAAUCAAUAUGUAGCUAGCUAAUAGCUAACUGCAAUGAUGUGUAUUUAACUAGCUGACGUUAGUAGUAUAAUAUUAAUUGCGUUUAGUUUGUUAGCUAGCUAACUAGCUAAUAUUGGUCAUAUCUCCUUGUUAGGCUGUGGGGCUGCUUGUGAAAUGAUUGCUACUAGUUAGCCUAACCAAUUUUCCAGACAAAUUGAAAUAGCUGGCUGUACACACACACUGUAGCUUGCUAGUUACAACAUGACAACUAGCUAGCUAACAUUGAUAAUGUAAUGUGUGUGUAAUAGCUAGCUAGCAACAUGUAUGCAUGCAUAGCCAAGGGAGGCCCAAUGAUAGUCAUAAGCCUGCAGUAUGAUUAGCGAUGUGUCCAUGACACAAAUGAUCCAUAAUGCCAUUGAAUACAGUGUUUGAGUACAACAUGGACUGUUCCAUAUUCUUGUUGAUGAGACCUGACCUAGAACCUACGGACGUCUUCAUUGAGGAGAUCUGAUAGGUGUACGUGAUAUAGUAAUACAACUACCUUGGCUACAUUUAACAUUUACGUCAUUUAGCAGACACUCUUAUCCAGAGCGACAUACAGGAGCAAUUAGGGUUAAGUGCCUUGUUUAAGUGCACAUCGACAGAUUUUUCACCUAGUCGGCUCGGGGAUUAGAACCAGCGACCUUUCGGUUACUGGCACAACGCUCUUACCCACUAAGCUACCUGCCGCCCGUGCCCGGCUAGGUGGGAUAUCCAACACAUUGCUUACGCCUAUCAUAUCCUAUCAGAUCUACACAAGUGAAUAGGUUGUAGGUAGGGCCUAGGGGUCCUUUUCUAUAUUCUAUUGCUAUGAUGUAUACAAAACAUGCUGUUGUGUGGGAUUGAGGGCUUGGACUGACCUGAGAAUAGGUUUGUAAGGAAAGGAACGGGGAGGAAAAGUGGGAAAAGAAAGAACGAGAAGAGAGAGCGAGAGAGAGAGAGCGAAAAGAGAAAGAGAGGAGGUAGAGAACGGAGCGAGAGCUAGAGUCCAGAAGAGAGAGCAGUAGCAGGGCAGAAGAGCGCAGAGGAGAGAGAGAGCAGAGCGAGACGAGAGCGAGAGAGAGAGGAAGGAGACGAGAGGAGAGAGCAGAAGAUCUCUAGAGAGGAAGGAGAGUAGAGAAGAGAGGAGAGAUAUCGAGAGGAGAGAGAUAGAGGAGAGUCUCUUCUCUCUCUCUCUCUCUCUCUCGCUCUCUCGCUCUACCUCUCUCUCUCUCUCGUCCGCCUUCUCUUCUCUCUCUUCUUCUCUCUCUCUCUCUCUCUUCUCUCUAUCUCUCUCUUCUCGCUCGCCUUCUCUCCUCUCUCUCUCCUCUCUCUCCUCUCUCUCUUCUCUCUCUCUCUCUCGCCUUCAUCUGUCUCUCUCUCUCUCUCGCUCUCUCCCUCUCUCUCUCUCUCUCUCUCUCUCUCCCUCUCUCUCUCUAUAUAUUUUUCUCUCUCUCAUUGUAGCAAAUCUGUACAAUCAAAAGUGGACAACAUAUUGGUGAGUAGUUGUUGUUGUCGUAGAUAGAUAUGGGCUUCAUGUCUUAGACGCAGAGUGUUUAACCUACUAUAAGGUGCUCAUCAACCGGAAUGCACCAAUUUAGUGAUCAUUUCGAUUUCCUUGUGGGUUUUUGAAAAAUAUGGCAUAGAAAUACCAGUAAUUGCUAGUACAACUGUCUUUCAGUAACACUUUAUUUAAAUGAUGCAGGUAUAAUGCUGGUUAUAAGCAUGUAGUUAUGAACCUUCAUAAUGUCAUAAGGCUGAUAAGCUAUCCAGGGUUGGGGUCAAUUCCAUUUCAAUUCCAAUUCAGGAAGUACACUGAAAUUCCAAUUAACUUCAAUGCUUUUCAAUGAGGACAUUUUGGUAUUGGAAUUUUGUUUACUUUCUGGAUUCACUGGAAUUGAAAUGGAAUUGACCCCAACCCUGAAGGUAUCACUGGCUCUAUUAUGAUAUAGCUAGAGAACCUUCUCUGUGUCAACAUUGAGAGCAUGACAGAGUGUCUGUCUGUCUGUCUGUUCAUCCUGUCGUCUGGGCCCUUGUCUCAGAGUAUGAGUGGCGUGCUAGGAUCUGUUAUUGUCUCUGUCUGGUGUGGUGUUGGCUUGAUAAUGUUACGCCGUGUCUCUGUCUGGUGUGGUGUUGGCUUGAUAAUGUUACGCCGUGUCUCUGUCUGGUCUGGUGUUGGCUUGAUAAUGUUACGCCGUGUCUCUGUCUGGUCUGGUGUUGGCUUGAUAAUGUUAUGCCAUGUCUCUGUCUGGUCUGGUGUUGGCUUGAUAAUGUUACGUCGUGUCUCUGUCUGGUCUGGUGUUGGCUUGAUAAUGUUACGCAGUGUCUCUGUCUGGUCUGGUGUUGGCUUGAUAAUGUUACGCCGUGUCUCUGUCUGGUCUGGUGUUGGCUCGAUAAUGUUACGCCGUGUCUCUGUCUGGUCUGGUGUUGGCUUGAUAAUGUUACGCCGUGUCUCUGUCUGGUGUGGUGUUGGCUUGAUAAUGUUACGCCGUGUCUCUGUCUGGUGUGGUGUUGGCUUGAUAAUGUUACACCGUGUCUCUGUCUGGUCUGGUGUUGGCUUGAUAAUGUUACGCUGUGUCUCUGUCUGGUGUGGUGUUGGCUUGAUCAUGUUACGCCGUGUCUCUGUCUGGUCUGGUGUUGGCUUGAUAAUGUUACGUCGUGUCUCUGUCUGGUCUGGUGUUGGCUUGAUAAUGUUACGCCGUGUCUCUGUCUGGUGUGGUGUUGGCUUGAUAAUGUUACGCAGUGUCUCUGUCUGGUCUGGUGUUGGCUUGAUAAUGUUACGCCGUGUCUCUGUCUGGUGUGGUGUUGGCUUGAUAAUGUUAUGCUGUGUCUCUGUCUGGUGUGGUGUUGGCUUGAUAAUGUUACGCUGUGUCUCUGUCUGGUCUGGUGUUGGCUUGAUAAUGUUACGCCGUGUCUCUGUCUGGUGUGGCGUUGGCUUGAUAAUGUUACGCCGUGUCUCUGUCUGGUCUGUCGUUGGCUUGAUAAUGUUACGUCGUGUCUCUGUCUGGUCUGGUGUUGGCUUGAUAAUGUUACGCUGUGUCUCUCUCUGGUCUGGUGUUGGCUUGAUAAUGUUACGCUGUGUCUCUCUCUGGUCUGGUGUUGGCUUGAUAAUGUUACGCCGUGUCUCUGUCUGGUGUGGUGUUGGCUUGAUAAUGUUACGCUGUGUCUCUGUCUGGUCUGGUGUUGGCUUGAUAAUGUUAUGCCAUGUCUAUGUCUGGUCUGGUGUUGGCUUGAUAAUGUUACGCCAUGUCUCUGUCUGGUGUGGUGUUGGCUUGAUAAUGUUACACCAUGUCUCUGUCUGGUCUGGUGUUGGCUUGAUAAUGUUACGCCGUGUCUCUGUCUGGUCUGGUGUUGGCUUGAUAAUGUUACGCCGUGUCUCUGUCUGGUCUGGUGUUGGCUUGAUAAUGUUACGUCGUGUCUCUGUCUGGUCUGGUGUUGGCUUGAUAAUGUUACGUCGUGUCUCUGUCUGGUCUGGUGUUGGCUUGAUAAUGUUACGCCGUGUCUCUGUCUGGUCUGGUGUUGGCUUGAUAAUGUUAUGCCGUGUCUCUGUCUGGUCUGGUGUUGGCUUGAUAAUGUUACGUCGUGUCUCUGUCUGGUCUGGUGUUGGCUUGAUAAUGUUACGCAGUGUCUCUGUCUGGUCUGGUGUUGGCUUGAUAAUGUUACGCCGUGUCUCUGUCUGGUCUGGUGUUGGCUCGAUAAUGUUACGCCGUGUCUCUGUCUGGUCUGGUGUUGGCUUGAUAAUGUUACGCCGUGUCUCUGUCUGGUGUGGUGUUGGCUUGAUAAUGUUACGCCGUGUCUCUGUCUGGUGUGGUGUUGGCUUGAUAAUGUUACGUCGUGUCAUCGUACACAAAGUCUUAACCUGGGUCGUGUUCAUCAGGGCACACCAUAGCAAAAUGGUUUUCAACUAAACGCAAAAAAUAUAUAUAUUCUUAUUUUACAAGUCCAGGUAGUUCCUUCCUAUUUUAGUCAAUUGUCUAUCUUUGUGUGCUUAGUGAACACAAUCCUGGUAAUAAGCCUUACUGACAUGAAGACCCAUUUAAUAUGUAGGCUUAGACCUACUUGUGUCAAUCAUAACAGAAUGAAAGCAGACUAUAGCUAACCUAUAUUGUUAGAAAAGACAGUGGCUUUUUUAUUCUCCGCUGAUUGGCUGACAACUCUCACCUCAUUCAUAAGUAUCGCUUCCCCUAGCAACAAAGAAGCAAAUAGAAAAGGAAGAGGUGAGAUGAAUUAAUUCUUAGAAACCAAUUGAAAAGGAGGUGGGGUGGAGUCUGUUGUGUAGUGGGAAUCAAAGACAUGUUGUCAGUGUGCCAGCAGGAAGCAUCUGUAUAUACAACAUGUGCAGUGUUUUGAUUAUCAUAAUAAACACAUUAACAUUCCAUUUCAGUCUUAUCCAGAGAGACUAACAGGUAACUGCCAAAAUAAUGGUAACACUUGGUUAAAUGAUGGAUACAAAGUAUAUUGAAAGCAGGUGCUUCCACACAGGUGUGGUUCCUGAAUUAAUUAAGCAAUUAACAUCCCAUCAUGCUUAGGGUCAUGUAUAAAAAUGAUGGGCAGGCCAUUAUUUGGGCUACCAUGGCUAUGCCCCCAUAGGAUGACAAUGCCCCCAUCCACACGGCAUGAGUGGUCCCUGAAUGGUUUGAUGAGCAUGAAAAUGAUGUAAACCAUAUUCCAUGGCCGUCUCAGUCACCAGAUCUCAACCCAAUUGAACACUUAUGGGAGAUUCUGCAGCGGCGCCUGAGAGAGCGUUUUGCGCCACCAUCAACAAAACACCACAUGAUGGAAUUUCUCGUGGAAGAAUGGUGUCACAUCUCUCCAAUAGAGUUCCAGACACGUGUAGAAUCUAUGCCGAGGCGCAUUGAAGCUGUCCCAACGCCAGCUGUCCCAACACCAGCUGUCCCAACACCAGCUGUCCCAACACCAGCUGUCCCAACGCCCUGUUACGACACUUUACGUUGUUGUUUCCUUUAUUUUGGCAGUUACCUGUAGCUACAAGCAGUUACAUUCAACUAAAGUAGGUAGUAACUGACAACAGCGAAGCAGGUUGGUUCCCAUGGUCACAGUAGGUAGUAACUGACAACAGCGAAGCAGGUUGGUUCCCAUGGUCACAGUAGGUAGUAACUGACAACAGCGAAGCAGGUUGGUUCCCAUGGUCACAGUAGGUAGUAACUGACAACAGCGAAGCAGGUUGGUUCCCAUGGUCACAGUAGGUAGUAACUGACAACAGCGAAGCAGGUUGGUUCCCAUGGUCACAGUAGGUAGUAACUGACAACAGCGAAGCAGGUUGGUUCCCAUGGUCACAGCGAAAGUAUGUUUGUACUAAACGUUUUGUUUCUACUACCUCUCCUUUUACAGCAAGAUAUUGAGAAGUUUACAGACAUCGAAAAACUCUACCUCUAUCUGAAGUUGCCUUCUGGUCCCAGCAAUGAUAAAAGGUAACGUCUUCUAUUUUUCUCUCAUUUAAUAAUAAUAAUAAUAAUAAUAAUAAUAAUAUAUGCCAUGUAGCAGAUGCUUUUAUCCAAAGCGAUUUACGGUCAUUUAUGCAUAAUUCUUUUUGUAUGGGUGGCCCCUGGAAUCAAACCCGCAAUCCAGGCAUUGCAAGGGCAUAGCUCUACCAACUGAGCCAUAGAGGGCAAUUUAGCUGUAUCUCAUUGCACUUUGUAGCCUAUAUUUUAUAAUAUACAGUGUCUUCAGAAAGUAUUCACACCCCUUGACUUUUUCCACAUUUUGUUGUGUUACAAAGUGGGAUUCAAAUUAAUUUCGUUGUCAUUUUUUUUGUCAACUAUCUACACAAAAUACUCUGUAAAGUCAAAGUGGAAGAAAAAUUCUAACAUUACUAAAAAAAAGAAACAUGAAUAAUAAAACACUAAUAUAUCUUGAGCAGUUAAGUAUUCAACUUCCUGAGUAAAUACAUGUUAGAAUCACCUUUGGUAGUGAUUACAGCUGUGAGUCUUUCUAGGUAAGUCUUUAAGAGCUUUCCACUCCUGGAUGGUGCAACAUUUGCCCAUUAUUCUUUUCAAAAUUCUUCAAGCUCUGUCAAAUUGUUUUUUGAUCAUUGCUAGACAACCAUUUUCAGGUCUUGCCAUAGAUAUAGCAGAUUUAAGUCAAAACUUUAACGCCGCCACUCAGGAACAUUCACUGUCUUCUUGGUAAGCAACUCCAGUGUAGAUUUGGCCUUUUGUUUUAGGUCAUUGUCCUGCUGAAUGGUGAAUUAAUCUCCCAGUGUCUGGUGUAAAGCGGACUGAACCAGGUUUUCCUCUAGGAUUUUGCCUGUGCUUUGCUCCAUUCCGUUUCUUUUUUAUCCUGAAAAACUCCCCAGUCCUUAACCGAUUACAAGCAUACCCAUAACAUGAUGCAGCCACCACUAUGCUUGAAAAUAUGAAAAUAUGGAGAAUGGUACUCAGUAAUGUGUUGUAUUGGAUUUGCCCCAAACAUAACACUUUGUAUUUAGGACAAAAAGUUAAUUGCUUUGUCAAAGUUUUAGCAGUAUUACUUUAGGACCUUGUUGCAAACAGGAUGCAUGUUUUGGAAUAUUUGUAUUCUGUACAGGCUUCCUUCUUUUCACUCUGUCAAUUAGAUUAGUAUUGUGGAGUAACUACAAUGUUGUUGAUCCAUCCUCAGUUCUCUCCUAUCACCAUCAGCCAUUGAACCCUGUAACUGUUUUAAAGUCACCAUUGGCCUCAUGGCGAAAUCCCUGAGCGGUUUCCUUCCUCUCUGACAACUGAGUUAGGAACGGCGCCUGUAUCUUUGUAGUGACUGGGUGUAUUGAUACACCAUCCAAAGUGUAAUUAAUAACUCCACCAUGCUCAAAGGGAUUUUCAAUGUCUGCUUUUCUUUCUUUUUUACCCAUGUACCAAUAGUUGCCCUUCUUUGCGAGGCGUUGGAAAACCUCCCUGGUCUUUGUGGUUGAAUCUGUGUUUGAAAUUCACUGCGCGACUGAGGGACCUUACAGAUAAUUGUAUGUGUGGGGUACAGAGAUGAGGUAGUCAUUCAAAAAUCAUGUUAAACACUAUUAUUGCACACAGAGGGAGUCCAUGCAACGUAUUAUGUGACUUGUUAAGCAAUUCUUUACUCCUGAACCUUUUUAGACUUGCCAUAAGAAAUGGGUUGAAUACUUAUUGACUCAAGACAUUUCAGCUUUUUAUUUUUAAUUAAUUUGUAAAACAUGAUUGAAAAACAUGAUUCCAUGUUGACAUGAUUGUGUGUAGACCAGUGACAAAACAAUCUAAAUGGAAUCCAUUUUGAAUUCAGGCUGUAACAACAAAAUGUGGAAAAAGUCAAGGGGUGUGACUACUUUCUGAAGGCACUGUAUUCUCUCAUUGCACUUUGUAGCCUAUAUUUUAUCAUAUAUUCUCUCAUUGCACUUUGUAGCCUAUAUUUUAUCAUAUAUUCUCUCAUUGCACUUUGUAGCCUAUAUUGCAUUGUAUUAUAUUUCUGUUUGUGGAGCACGAUAUUGUUAUUGUGAUGGCCAUUUUAUUUUUUGGGUUUCCUGAUAGUCCUGUCUUUUUACCCAGCUGCUUUUUGAUCACAAGCAGGUAGAGCUCUGCUACCAGACCCGAGCCCGACGGGCCACCACAUCAUACAUCGUGUUAGGGCCGGGUAGGGCCUUAUUUUUUCAAUUGAUAACUAGAUUACGGGCAGGGCUCGUGUAACACUAAAUUGAUCACUAACAUUUUGAAGCUGAGCCAUUUGCUCGUGCUCUGCUGUGCAGUACGGUCAUAUCUGACUGAGAUCAUAACGUGGUGUCAGAAGCGCUUCAACCUCGUCAAAUAUAACACAGGAGAGAUUAUUUCACAGAAAAUAAUCAUGUUCCUUGAGUUUUGUCUUGAGUUUAGAGUGAUGAAAAGUCGCUAACAGCUAACUGCUCUCAGAGCAGCCUAAGUGGAGCCGUUGCUAUGGAUACUCACAGACUCAGAGCCGCCCAUGAGCAGAGCGCAUGCAGAGCGAGCAGGGAGCGAAUGACAGACAGAUGGGAGCAGCUAAUGGAUUUACUAAAAGAGGAAGUUAUUUCGGGCAGGGCCUUAAUUUUGGCAGAAGUAAUUGGGCCUGGGUAGGGUAGGGCCUGAACGUCGCAGGCAUGCCUGUGCAAGGCUCUACAAGCAGGAUGUUUUCAUUAAACUCAUAUUUCGGUGUAUUUGGAAGAAAAAAAAGUGUCUCUACAAUUCCUUUGCAUCAAUAUUCAACACUGCAGUCUCUGUCUUGUGAUCUUCUGUUUAUGGCUGCUCAUAUCAUUGUUUUUUUUGUACCAUUAUGAAGCAAUACUAGUAUAAUGAUUGAUUUGCUAUUAUAUCCAGCUUUCUGUGUUCUUAAUUUGUUUACGCCAUAUUUAUCUAUUUGUCUGUCCAUUACCUCAACCCUCCAACCCUACAACCCUCCAACCCUCCAACCCUCCAACCCUACAACCCUCCAACCCUCCAACCCUACAACCCUCCAACCCUACAACCCUACAACCCUCCAACCCUCCAACCCUCCAACCCUCCAACCCUCCAACCCUCCAACCCUACAACCCUACAACCCUCCAACCCUACAACCCUACAACCCUCCAACCCUACAACCCUCCAACCCUACAACCCUCCAACCCUACAACCCUCCAACCCUCCAACCCUACAACCCACAACCCUCCAACCCUACAACCCUACAACCCUCCAACCCUACAACCCUCCAACCCUCCAACCCUCCAACCCUACAACCCUCCAACCCUCCAACCCUCCAACCCUCCAACCCUACAACCCUCCAACCCUACAACAUCACUAGGACUGAGAAUCAGAGAGCCUCCACUCCUGGAAUAUGGUACGUAUACCACUACAUCACACAGAUACACACUAUAGUCCGCUGUAGCUCAGUUGGUAGAGCAUGGCGCUUGCAACGCCAGGGUUGUGGGUUCGUUUCCCACGGGGGGGGGGGCAGUAUGGAAAAUGUAUGCACUCACUAAAACUGUAAGUCGCUCUGGAUAAGAGCGUCUGCUAAAUGAGUCAAAUGUAUUCAUUGAAAGAAAACACUACAGGAGGUUGUUUCACCACUAACCUGUUUGUGUUGGUGUAACGUUAACUGGGUCAGUGACCAGAGUGGCAUGUCGUCCAGUCGAACACAGCAGAUGUACGCUUUCAACUGGAUCUGGAAUCACCUAGAGGAGCACCCCGAGACAUCCCUGCCAAAGCAAGAGGUGUACGACGAAUACAAGUGAGUGUGGCCUGUAUAUAGGGUUGGCCUGUAUAUAGGGUUGGCCUGUAUAUAGGGUUGACCUGUAUAUAGGGUUGACCUGUAUAUAGGGUUGGCCUGUAUAUAGGGUUGGCCUGUAUAUAGGGUUGGCCUGUAUAUAGGGUUGGCCUGUAUAUAGGGUUGACCUGUAUAUAGGAUUGACCUGUAUAUAGGGUUGACCUGUAUAUAGGGUUGACCUGUAUAUAGGGUUGGCCUGUAUAUAGGGUUGACCUGUAUAUAGGGUUGGCCUGUAUAUAGGGUUGGCCUGUAUAUAGGGUUGACCUGUAUAUAGGGUUGGCUUGUAUAUAGGGUUGACCUGUAUAUAGGGUUGGCCUGUAUAUAGGGUUGGCCUGUAUAUAGGGUUGACCUGUAUAUAGGGUUGGCCUGUAUAUAGGGUUGGCCUGUAUAUAGGGUUGGCCUGUAUAUAGGGUUGGCCUGUAUAUAGGGUUGGCCUGUAUAUAGGGUUGGCCUGUAUAUAGGGUUGACCUGUAUAUAGGGUUGACCUGUAUAUAGGGUUGGCCUGUAAAUAGGGUUGCAAAAGGUUUUCCAGAAAUCCUGGUUAGAAGAUUCCAGGAAUCAAAAGGGAAUAAGCAAGAAAUCCAACCAGGAUUUCAGGAAAACCAGGGAAUUUUGGGGAAAGUUACUGACGUUUGCAACCCUACCUGGGUUCUCAGUACCGAAUCUCCGUGGAAAGUGCUUCCUAGACUAGGUUUAAACUGUGUCUAGGACAGCGGCCCUCGAGUGUAGUAGCAGGAGUGGUUUGACCCGUUGAAGACAUGGAUUGAUGAAUGUAUACCUUUGUUGCCAAAGUCGUCUAUAGCAAAAUCAUCCAGUUCUAGUUGUAAAAAUUUCACGUUUAUUUGCCAUGUUUACAUUUAUUACAUUUGAUUAUCUUUAUUAACUAGAGAAUCGUCUAACCUUUAGUGUGUUUCUUUCUGUCAACCGUUCCGAUCAAUCACAUUUAUUUUUUAUGAAGCCCUUUUUACACCAGCAGUUACCCAGCCUUUAAACUCCAGAGAGCAAGCAAUGCAGGGGCAGAAGCACAGUGGUUAGGAAUAACUCCCUACGUGCCAACAUGCACAGAUCGUAUUGGGUUCGUACGUGUGAAGGUUGUAUUGUGAUGAUACGUGUCAUGUCUACGAUAUCGUGAAUGUGUUUUUCAGGAGUUACUGUGACAGUCUUGCUUAUCACCCACUGAGUGCUGCAGACUUUGGAAAGAUCAUGAAGAAUGUCUUUCCCAACAUGAAGGCUCGCCGCCUGGGCAUGAGAGGCAAAUCUAAAUACUGUUACAGUGGACUGAGGAAGAAAGCUUUUGUUCACAUGCCUUCUCUGCCCAACCUGGACUUACAAAAAUCAGGCGACGGGGUAAGUUUACAUGAUGGCUUUUUAGCCAGGAAGUGGCCAUAAUCAUUUCAGAGCAAGUACGUGUAGAUUUCAGGGUUGGGGUCAGUUCCAUUUCAAUUCAGUCAAUUCAGGAAGUACACUGAUAAUCAAUUUCCAAAUCUCAUUGAGAAGCAAGUUUAGGAACAUUUGAAUUUGAAUUUCAGUUUAGAUCUGAAUUUAAAUGGAAUUGACCCCAUUCCUAGUAAAUCCACCCUAACUCCAGGCAGGAUAUCAGAUCUGAAUGACCUCUUCCCCUAACUCCACACAGGAUAUCAGAUCUGAAUGACCUCUUCCCCUAACUCCAGACAGGAUAUCAGAUCUGAAUGACCUCUUCCCCUAACUCCAGACAGGAUAUCAGAUCUGAAUGACCUCUUCCCCUAACUCCAGACAGGAUAUCAGAUCUGAAUGACCUCUUCCCCUAACUCCAGACAGGAUAUCAGAUCUGAAUGACCUCUUCCCCCGACUUAACCCUCUUCUCUCUCCAGUGUGAGUUGAUGGAGGCGUCGUCGGGCCAGUCUCCCAGUGCAGAGGAUGAGAUGCGCUCAGCGGCCUGUGGCUUGGUGUGUGAGUGGGCUCAGAAGGUCCUCAGCAGACAGUUUGAUGCCGUGGAGGACCUGGCUCGCUUCCUGCUCAACAGUCACUACAUAGGAACCAAGUCCAUGGCUGCCCUCACCGUCAUGACUGGGGCUCCCACAGGUAGGCAAGGCUAAUGGGGAUGGUGGUAUGAAAGGGACAGGUAGACAAGGCUAAUGGGGAUGGUGGUAUGAAAGGGACAGGUAGGCAAGGCUAAUGGGGAUGGUGGUAUGAAAGGGACAGGAAGGCAAGGCUAAUGGGGAUUGAGGUAUGAAAGGGACAGGUAGACAAGGCUAAUGGGGAUGGUGGUAUGAAAGGGACAGGUAGGCAAGGCUAAUGGGGAUGGUGGUAUGAAAGGGACAGGAAGACAUGGCUAAUGGGGAUGGUGGUAUGAAAGGGACAGGAAGGCAAGGCUAAUGGGGAUGGUGGUAUGAAAGGGACAGGUAGGCAAGGCUAAUGGAGAUGGUGGUAUGAAAGGGACAGGUAGACAAGGCUAAUGGGGAUGGUGGUAUGAAAGGGACAGGUAGGCAAUGCUAAUGGGGAUGGUGGUAUGAAAGGGACAGGAAGACAAGGCUAAUGGGGAUGGUGGUAUGAAAGGGACAGGUAGACAAGGCUAAUGGGGAUGGUGGUAUGAAAGGGACAGGUAGGCAAGGCUAAUGGGGAUAAAUAAUAAAUAAUAUGCCAUUUAGCAGACGCUUUUAUCCAAAGCGACUUACAGUCAUGUGUGCAUACAUUUUUGUGUAUGGGUGGUCCCGGGGAUCGAACCCACUACCUUGGCGUUACAAGCGCCGUGCUCUACCAGCUGAGCUACAGAGGACCACAAGGCUAAUGGGGAUGGUGGUAUGAAAGGGACAGGUAGACAAGGCUAAUGGGUAUGGUGGUAUGAAAGGGACAGGAAGGCAAGGCUAAUGGGGACGGUGGUAUGAAAGGGACAGGUAGGCAAGGCUAAUGGGGACGGUGGUAUGAAAGGGACAGGAAGGCAAGGCUAAUGGGGACGGUGGUAUGAAAGGGACAGGUAGGCAAGGCUAAUGGGGACGGUGGUAUGAAAGGGACAGGAAGGCAAGACUAAUGGGGAUGGUGGUAUGAAAGGGACAGGUAGGCAAGGCUAAUGGGGAUGGUGGUAUGAAAGGGACAGGUAGGCAAGGCUAAUGGGGAUGGUGGUAUGAAAGGGACAGGAAGACAAGGCUAAUGGGGAUGGUGGUAUGAAAGGGACAGGAAGACAUGGCUAAUGGGGAUGGUGGUAUGAAAGGGACAGGAAGGCAAGGCUAAUGGGGAUGGUGGUAUGAAAGGGACAGGUAGGCAAGGCUAAUGGGGAUGGUGGUAUGAAAGGGACAGGAAGGCAAGGCUAAUGGGGAUGGUGGUAUGAAAGGGACAGGUAGGCAAGGCUAAUGGGGAUGGUGGUAGAGACGGUGUUGGGUGGUGUUGAUGACCACAGUCAACAGGGGGUCAACAGUCAACAGUCACUACAUUGGGACCAAGUCCAUGUCAACGCUAAGCGGGCACCCACAGGUAACGGGACUAGGUUUUGGGCUCUUGAUGGGAAAGAACUUGGGAGUCUUGCUCAUGUAUCAAGCUGUAGUUGCCAGAGUCAAGCACUAGUGCUGCAGAUACCAUUUCUCAGGUGUGUUGAGAAAUCUAUUUUCUCAUCUGUAUGUCUCACCAGGUCUGAAGACGCCCACGCCAACCUCUGCGUUCGUGCCCACGUCCGAGGCCUCGUCCUUCCAGCCGCAGGUGAAGACGCUGGCCUCUCCCUCGGUGGACGCCAAGCAGCAGCUCCAGAGGAAGAUCCAGAAGAAGCAGCAGGAUCAGAAGCUCCAGUCCCCCCUGCCUGGAGAGGGACAGGGACAGAACCAGGCCAGGAGGGCCGAGGCCAGCACCCCAGGGCCAGCUAUCCCCUGUGGAAGUCCUGCUCUGCUCUCACCACAACCUACCAUUGGUAUAGUGGUGGCAGCCGUCCCCAGCCCCGUCACGGUAAGAUGGGAUAACAUAUGUAUGCACACAAGCAUGCACAGAUACACACGCACACAGAUCAGACAAGAUUGAUAAUGGUUUUAGACUACAUGCUCAAUAUUGUAAGGAAAGAUAAGGCAAUAAUUUAUUGAAUGUCAAGAAUGGUGCUGCAAUGGAUAGCUGCUGUUUUACGGGCUCCUGAACAAUUCUGCUAUUUGGUGUGUUUGUUGGCGCUGAUCGUAACUUUUUUUGUACAUAAUGUUUACGCCAUCGUUUCCUAUGACCGAAAAUAGCUUCUGGAAAUCAGAACAGCAAUCACUAACCUCGAUUUGGAUGAAGAUUUCAAGGAGUCGGUGGCGCAGGACAUACUGCUCACCCCGGACCAGGCCCUAAUCCCGACACCAGAAGAGGAAAAGGCUGCGUAAGAGGGGCCGAUGUGCGGGCACCAUGACAAAACUAUGUCAGCGAAUAAAUACAGUGGGGGAAAAAAGUAUUUAGUCAGCCACCAAUUGUGCAAGUUCUCCCACUUAAAAAGAUGAGAGAGGCCUGUAAUUUUCAUCAUAGGUACAUGUCAACUAUGACAGACAAAAUUAGAAAAACAAAUCCAGAAAAUCACAUUGUAGGAUUUUUAAUGAAUUUAUUUGCAAAUUAUGGUGGAAAAUAAGUAUUUGGUCAAUAACAUAAGUUUCUCAAUACUUUGUUAUAUACCCUUUGUUGGCAAUGACACAGGUCAAACGUUUUCUGUAAGUCUUCACAAGGUUUUCACACACUGUUGCUGGUAUUUUGGCCCAUUCCUCCAUGCAGAUCUCCUCUAGAGCAGUGAUGUUUUGGGGCUGUCGCUGGGCAACACGGACUUUCAACUCCCUCCAAAGAUUUUCUAUGGGGUUGAGAUCUGGAGACUGGCUAGGCCACUCCAGGACCUUGAAAUGCUUCUUACGAAGCCACUCCUUCGUUUCCCGGGGCGGUGUGUUUGGGAUCAUUAUCAUGCUGAAAGACUCAUCCACGUUUCAUCUUCAAUGCCCUUGCUGAUGGAAGGAGGUUUUCACUCAAAAUCUCACGAUACAUGGCCCCAUUCAUUCUUUCCUUUACACGGAUCAGUCGUCCUGGUCCCUUUGCAGAAAAACAGCCCCAAAGCAUGAUGUUUCCACCCCAUGCUUCACAGUAGGUAUGGUGUUCUUUGGAUGCAACUCAGCAUUCUUUGUCCUCCAAACACGACGAGUUGAGUUUUUACCAAAAAGUUCUAUUUUGGUUUCAUCUGACCAUAUGACAUUCUCCCAAUCCUCUUCUGGAUAAUCCAAAUGCACUCUAGCAAACUUCAGACGGGCCUGGACAUGUACUGGCUUAAGCAGGGGGACACGUCUAGCACUGCAGGAUUUGAGUCCCUGGCGGCGUAGUGUGUUACUGAUGGUAGGCUUUGUUACUUUGGUCCCAGCUCUCUGCAGGUCAUUCACUAGGUCCCCCCGUGUGGUUCUGGGAUUUUUGCUCACCGUUCUUGUGAUCAUUUUGACCCCACGGGGUGAGAUCUUGCGUGGAGCCCCAGAUCGAGGGAGAUUAUCAGUGGUCUUGUAUGUCUUCCAUUUCCUAAUAAUUGCUCCCACAGUUGAUUUCUUCAAACCAAGCUGCUUACCUAUUGCAGAUUCAGUCUUCCCAGCCUGGUGCAGGUCUACAAUUUUGUUUCUGGUGUCCUUUGACAGCUCUUUGGUCUUGGCCAUAGUGAAGUUUGGAGUGUGACUGUUUGAGGUUGUGGACAGGUGUCUUUUAUACUGAUAACAAGUUCAAACAGGUGCCAUUAAUACAGGUAACGAGUGGAGGACAGAGGAGCCUCUUAAAGAAGAAGUUACAGGUCUGUGAGAGCCAGAAAUCUUGCUUGUUUGUAGGUGACCAAAUACUUUUUUUCCACCAUAAUUUGCAAAUAAAUUCAUUAAAAAUCCUACAAUGUGAUUUUCUGGAUUUUUUUUCUUCUCAUUUUGUCUGUCAUAGUGGACGUGUACCUAUGAUGAAAAUUACAGGCCUCUCUCAUCUUUUAAAGUGGGAGAACUUGCACAAUUGGUGGCUGACUAAAUACUUUUUUCCCCCACUGUAAUUCUAGAGUCAUUAUCAUCACAAAAGUAAUAUGGAACAGGAUAUAAAUCUGAGAGAUUAACAUCUCCAAGUACAGGUUUCUCCAGCUUUUGCUUGUCCUUGUAGUCAUGACAAGCCCCUCCUCCUGCCACUACCCUAUAAAGACAUUCUGGGUUUCCGUGAGGGCAGUCAAGAGGUCCUCCUUUGACGUUGCAGGGCUUCCCGUUAGAAUUCGUAUAAUGUCCUGGUUUCCCUGGUAACUGGGAUCACCUCUGUCAAGUUCAUGUCCCAUUCGGUUUUGGUCCUUAUGGUCGUUCUCCUCACAGUCAUUUGUUUCACCGUGGUUUUGAUCAACCAAGGAUUUCAGCAAUGGCAACACACAGCAAAAUACUAUUCCCAUUAUUACCAGUGAAAUGCCUAUUAUCAUUGCCAUUUUUGUGAACAUUGCUCCACAUUUUCCAAAUGUCAAGUCCAGCCAAUCCCGGGUACGUGCCCAGCAUUGUUCUUGACUUUCUGUCUCAAUCCUUUAAGCUUGAUCAUUGCCUCCGAGAAUAUUCCUCCUGGGGCAGUAUUAUUAGGGCUAAAAGUGCAGCCCUCGCUUCCGAAACAUAACACAGACUCCGACUUCUUCUGCUAGGAGCCAAUCCAGAGCCUGUCUAUUCUGCCAGGUCAUCCUACUUGUUGCCUGUACUUGUUCUCCCAGCGUUGACAAUGCUGAGUCAGUAUAAUUGAUGAACCUCUGUUGAUUGUAAUAUACACUGUUUAAAAGUUUGGGGUCACUUAGAAAUGUCCUUGUUUUCAUUUUUUUUGUCCAUUAAAAUAACAUCAAAUUGAUCAGAAAUACAGUGUAGACAACGUCAACAGUGAAGAGGUGACUCCGGGAUGCUGACCUUCUAGGCAGAGUUGCAAAGAAAAAGCCAUAUCUCAGAUUGCCCAUCUUAAUAUUUUCUUUUUAUUGGCAAGUCUGAGAUAUGGCUUUUUCUUUGCAACUCUGUCUAGAAGGUCAGCAUCCCGGAGUUGCCUCUUCACUGUUGACGUUGAGACUGGUGUUUUGCGGGUACUAUUUAAUGAAGCUGCCAGUUGAGGACCUGUGAGGCGUCUGUUUCUCAAACUAGACACUCUAAUGUAUUUGUCCUCUUGCUCAGUUGUGCACCGGGGCCUCCCACUCCUCUUUCUAUUCUGGUUAGAGCCAGUUUGCGCUGUUCUGUGAAGGGAGUAGUACACAGCGUUGUACGAGAUCUUCCGUUUCUUGGCAAUUUCUCACAUGUAAUAGCCUUCAUUUCUCUGAACAAGAAUAGACUGACGAGUUUCAGAAGAAAAUUAUUUGUUUCUGGCCAUUUUGAGCCUGUAUUCGAACCCACAAUUGCUGAUGCUCCAGAUACUCAACUAGUCUCAAGAAGGCCAAUUUUAUUGCUUCUUUAAUCAGCACAACAGUUUUCAGCUGUGCUAACAUAAUUGCAAAAGGGUUUUCUAGUGGUCAAUUAGCCUUUUAAAAUGAUAAACUUGGAUUAGCAAACACAAUGUGCCAUUGGAACACAGGACUGAUGGUUGCUAAUAAUGGGCCUCUGUACGCCCAUGUAGAUAUUCCAUUAAAAAUCAACCGUUUCCAGCUACAAUAGCUAUUUACAACAUUAACACUGUAUUUCUGAUCAAUUUGAUGUUAUUUUAAUGGACAAUUUUUUUUGCUUUUCUUUCGAAAACAAGGACAUUUCUAAGUGACCCCAAACUUUUGAACGGGUAGUGGAUGUCUUUUAUAGCAGGUGCUUUUAUCCAAAAGCGACUUACAUUCUCGCUGUAUAAAUUAUUAACGUAUGGGUGGCCUCGGGAAUCGAAACCCACGACAUUGGCAAGCGCCAUGUCUAACAUGUUCCACUGUGUGUCUCCCAGCAGGUCCAGAGGAGCAGGCAGCUGGUGACCUCCCCCAGCCCGGUGGGGUCCCCCGAGGGGAAGGUCAUGCCAACGGUCAACUUCCAGGUGGUCACCCACACCCAGUCUCUAACCCACAGACAGUCCCCUAAAAUGCCCCAGAACAUCUCAGCCUGCCCCGUGGGAGACCGCCUGGCCAGGCACAGGUAACAAUAAGGAUCACCGUCAUCAUAAUAAUAGAUUUUAUUUCUAUAGAACACUUUUAAAUACACUAUGGGCCGGUUUCCCGGACACAGAUUAAGCCCACCCUACGCUCUUAGUAAAAAGGGUUCCAAAAGGGUUCCUCGGCUCUCACCAUAGGAGAACCCUUUUAGUUCCAGUUAGAACCCUUUUAGUUCCAGUUAAAACCCUUUUAGUUCCAGUUAGAACCCUUUUUGGUUCCCGGUAGAACCCUUUUUGGGUUCCAUUUAGAACCCUCUGUGGAAAGUGUAAGGAUUGGUGUGAGGUGUGACCCAGGUGCGGUGCAGGAUAUACAGUAGGCAGUAGGCAGAGAUGGUGAAACAAGGAUCUUUACUGGUGGUCCCAAAACCAGGGUACAAAAUAACGGACUUAUCACAAUAAAAGAAAGGCUGGAGCAAAUAAGUCUCCAAAAACCGUCUGACAGCCAAAAUACGAAAUACUACCUAAGACUGAAACAAAUAACGAAACAGGGAGAACACUUCUCAAGUACCUGUACAUAGAUCUCCGAUCAGACACUGAGUAGUACUGCUGGACAUAGAGAAACUAGCAGAGAAAACUGAGCAAGGGAACACAGGGAAGUGAGGGCAUAAAUACACAGGUGAACAGGUAGACACAGGUGACACCAAUAGGAUACUGAUUAGUCCAGACUGUGAGUGAGGAGGUGCCUAAGGUUGUCGGAGGAUGACACCUAGUGGAUCGCUACGGAACUGCGACCCCCUCCUGUAACAGGAAAGGGUUCUACAUGGAACCCAAAAGGGUUCUAACUGGAACCAAAAGGGUUCUACUAUGUGGACAGCCGAAGAACUCUUUACGUUUCUAGAUACAGUAGCACAUUUCUUUCUAUGAGUGUACUCCAUUCCUACCACUAAAAAGCUAAUUCAAUGAACAUUCUCCGUUGAGUAUGCUUUUUAAAGUUCGGUUGUCUUGUUUGUGUUAAUAAUCUAUUUCCAUCUCCUGGACCCACAGGUACCCCCAGAUCCUCCCCAAGCCCUCUGCCACAGGGGCCAUCACCCUGCGUUCACCCCCCACCCUGCUCAUCACCAACAGCCCCAUCAAGACCCGCCACGUGAUCCAGCCCCAGCUCAGCUCCCACGUCAACGUGGUCAAGAUGACCGCCAUCUCCCUGGCCCCUAGCAACACUAUCAGCACCAGCAGGAACAGUAUGGUCCUCAGGCCAGCUUCAGCGUCGGCCGGGGUGGGAACCACCACCACCGCCACCUUUUCCACCACCGCCGCCCUAGAGGAGGUACGGCAACAGGGGCAGAGCCAGGGAGGCCCCCCAGCCUCCACCCCCACUCCCACAGUGGCCCCUGAGGCCAUCAUCACUGACAAUAACUCUGAUAAACAGAGCACCAUACAGCAGUCCCCCGGUGGGGCCAAGUGUCUAGAGAGGGCCACUAAGUACCGAGCGUCCAGCGAACCCUCGCUCCUGGUCAAAUGCUCCCCAGGACCUGACAGAGUGACCGCCAGGACCAAAAGCGACCCCUCCUCUACCUCCCCUCCCGCCGCUGCCACCAAUGCAGCGACUAUUAGGGCAGGGACCCAGCAGGGCCGCAAUAACAACAGCAGUACCGCCACCACCACCUGUCACCAAGAAAGUCCUUUUUAUCUGACUGUUGUGCCCUCGGCCAAUCAGAACGCUCCUAAAGACUCCUCCUCCUGUGCGUCAGGUUCUAAGAGCCCCCGGAAGCGAACCGGCCCCGGUCUCGAUUCCUCCCACGUGAUCCCCGUGAAGCGCGUCUUCAUCUCCCAACAACCUUUAGGUGUGACCUUUGACCCCAAACCAGGGGUCACCGCCGCCGUCAAGAGGGUCCCAGCCAGACCAGGCACCCCCGCCCGACCAGAGAGCGCCCCCUGUCGAGUGACGGUGAAACAACACCUAGUGCCCACGCAGAUCCUGGCGCUGUCCGACUCGCCCGUCACCAACGCGGAGAUCUCCUACCUUUCCUCCUCUCAGACUGUCAAUGUGAAGCCCCAGUCCUCCUCGCUGCUGCUAGUGAAACAUGAGGACCCGUCCUCUCUAACUCUCAGCACUGUCAGCAGUCACACCAGCAGCACUGCAGACCCUUGUAGCACCACCACAGUGUCUGAGCAGCAGCAACAACAACAACAACAACAACAACAGCAACAGCAACAACAGGCCUUACUACAGCAACACUCUGAGGCCUCUGUCUCUGUGAUGGCAGUAGGAGCACAGCAACACACCGAGGCCUCUGUCUCUGUGAUGGCAGUAGGAGCACAGCAACACUCUGAGGCCUCUGUCUCUGUGAUGGCAGUAGGAGCACAGCAACACACCGAGGCCUCUGUCUCUGUGAUGGCAGUAGGAGCACAGCAACACACCGAGGCCUCUGUCUCUGUGAUGGCAGUAGGAGCACAGCAACACACUGAGGCCUCUGUCUCUGUGAUGGCAGUAGGAGCACAGCAACACUCUGAGGCCUCUGUCUCUGUGAUGGCAGUAGGAGCACAGCAACACUCUGAGGCCUCUGUCUCUGUGAUGGCAGUAGGAGCACAGCAACACUCUGAGGCCUCUGUCUCUGUGAUGGCAGUAGGAGCACAGCAACACUCUGAGGCCUCUGUCUCUGUGAUGGCAGUAGGAGCACAGCAACACCUCGGGCCCUCUGGUGAGGGCAGUGGAGCACACCACUCUGAGACCUCUGUCUCUGUGAUGGCGGUAGGAGCACAGCAACACUCUGAGACCUCUGUCUCUGUGAUGGCGGUAGGAGCACAGCAACACUCUGAGGCCUCUGUCUCUGUGAUGGCAGUAGGAGCACAGCAACACUCUGAGGCCUCUGUCUCUGUGAUGGCAGUAGGAGCACAGCAACACUCUGAGGCCUCUGUCUCUGUGAUGGCAGUAGGAGCACAGCAACACUCUGAGGCCUCUGUCUCUGUGAUGGCAGUAGGAGCACAGCAACACUCUGAGACCUCUGUCUCUGUGAUGGCAGUAGGAGCACAGCAACACUCCGAGGCCUCUGUCUCUGUGAUGGGGGACAUGAAUAGCACAAUGUGGGAGGAGUCAGCCACAGGGCAUCUGGAGGAGCUGCAGAAACAGGCCUUCACUCAGAAUGUGAGUUCUUAUAAUGACCCACACUAUGUGUCCUUCUUUAGUAUAUGUAUCAGGCUAAUUGGUUUUCAUUUGUGGAGUUUAGAAAAGUUUGUUAAAGUGUCAUUCCACAAUAUUAUAACAAUUGACCGGACACAUUACUUAUUAAAAUGUAAUUUGAUGGUUUUAAUCAUCCUUGUAGGGUGAUGCCAAUAAAACAUUGUCCUCCUCUGAUGGUCAAUACAGUUCUGUUCUAUUUCAUUCUAUUCUAGAUACCAGCAGACCACACCAAGCAGCAGGCCCUGGGUUCUGCAGACCAACACCAACUCCCCAAAAUCAUAUCCCAGACCUCAGACUCCUCUGCCCAGUUAUCUGGCCUUCACCAGGAGAUGGUGGACUUUGCCUCCUCAGCCUCCCAGCACGGCUCCACCAUGGACUACUUCUCCUUUAACGAUGAUGAUAUGACCCAGGACAGCAUAGUAGAGGAACUGGUUCAGAUGGAAGAACAGAUGAAGCUGAAGGGCCUCCAGCCACUGUUCAGUAGCUGUGUGGAUAAUAUCUCUCUCCAGGGCCAGCCUGGUGGCCCCCAGGGGCCCAUCAUCAACAACCACCACCAGGGGGGUAACUCUUCUUUCUACCAGUCUGCCCAUAGCAGCAUUACCCCCGUCCAGACCCCCACCCCGACCCCCACCCCGACUCCAACCCCUACCCCCACGGAGAUGACUCUCGGCGGGCACGGGCUGACCAGAGGGAGCCCCUGCUGCCAUCACAGCAUGGCCCCUAUCACGCCCGUGGAGGGGCCUCUAGGAGGCCGACACACCCCUAUAAGCGCUCUGUCCAACUGUUCUAGUAGCAUACCGCCUAGCCCUGUGGAGUGCAGGAACCCGUUUGCCUUCACCCCCAUCAACUCCAGCAUGGCAGGGGGUUACCACGACGAUGCCUCCGUGGUGUCUGUCUCCUCCAGCCCCGUCAAGCCCAUGCAGAGGCCCAUGGCCACUCACCCAGACAAGGCUAAACUGGAGUGGAUCAACAACCGCUACAACAGUGGUGGAACUGGAGCAACUGGAGGAGUCGGAGCAGGGCCAGGGUCUGGGUUAUCCAUCUCUAACCACAGCCUUGGUGGACUCCUGCCCAGCUACCAGGAUCUAGUGGACGACCACUUCCGUAAGCCGCACGCCUUCGCUGUUCCGGGCCACAGUGGCCAGUCUUUCCAGGCCCAGUCCAGACUGCAGGACGGCGGCCAUUUUGGAUUUCUGACCCCCAUCUCUCCCAUCUCUCCGGUGCAACAGCAGUUGACCAGCGUAUCGACCACGCCCACCAACACGGCAACCAAACAGGACGAGAGCUUCGCUGUCCCUGCCCCUCUGGACAACAAGGGCGGAGCCUCGUCAUCAGGGGGUGGGACGUUCCGUUGCCGCAGCGUCAGCCCCGCCGUGUGUCAGAGGACCUUCAGCGGUACCGGCACAUCCCCCGGCGCCAGCACUACCACUCGAUUGGUUGUCUCGCAGUUCAGCUCCCCCAUGACCCCACAGGAAAUACUCAGCAUCCUGUCCAACAGCCAAUCGGUGGACGGCAACCUCCACAGCAUGGCCCAGCGCAGCCAAUCGGUGCCCUUAAACAUCAUGAUGCAGAGCGUUGUGGAGAUGGAGCUGCUUCCUGUAGAGAUGCAGGUCAUCCAGGGACAGAGUAAUGCCACUAAGAUCACCAACGUCCUCCUGAGUAAGAUGGACUCUGGCGUGGACGACACAGUCAGGGGCCUGGGCAUCAACAACCUUCCUUCCAACUACAACGCCCGCAUGAACCUCACCCAGAUGCUGGAGACCCAGUCUCAGAGUCAGACUGCCCCUGGGGGCUUCACCACCGGAGGAGGAGGAGGAGGAGGAGGAGGAGGAGGAGGAGGAGGAGGAGUCAGGGGGGGGGAUGCCUACCUGUCCCAGCUGCAGACUGUCGGCUCCAGCCCUGCCUCUUUCGAGCUCCAGCAGCACGGGAGCUACCUCACCAGCACUGGAGGAGGCGGGGGGGAGAUGAGCUUCUCCUCUGGAGACAACCAAUCACCAUCAGGGCCUGGUGAGGACGUGGACCUGGAGCUCCAGCAGAUCCAGGACCUCCAGGAGCUUCAGGAGGCCUCAGGACAGCUCCUUCCCCAGCUACUCCAAACACAGGCUAGGCUGCUCCAGAGUCCCCAUCCCCAGCUCCAGAGUCCCCAUCCCCAGCUCCAGAGUCCCCAUCCCCAGAGUCCCCAUCUCCAGAGUCCCCAUCCCCAGCUCCAGAGUCCCCAUCCCCAGCUCCAGAGUCCCCAUCCCCAGCUCCAGAGUCCCCAGCUCCAGAGUCCCCAUCUCCAGAGUCCCCAGAGUCCCCAUCCCCAGAGGCCCCAUCUCCAGAGUCCCCAUCUCCAGAGUCCCCAGCUCCAGAGUCCCCAUCCCCAGCUCCAGAGUCCCCAUCCCCAGAGUCCCCAGCUCCAGAGUCCCCAUCUCCAGAGUCCCCAUCUCCAGAGUCCCCAACUCCAGAGUCCCCAUCCCCAGAGUCCCCAUCUCCAGAGUCCCCAUCCCCAGAGUCCCCAUCUCCAGAGUCCCCAUCUCCAGAGUCCCCAUCUCCAGAGUCCCCAUCUCCAGAGUCCCCAUCUCCAGAGUCCCCAUCCCCAGAGUCCCCAUCUCCAGAGUCCCCAUCUCCAGAGUCCCCAUCCCCAGAGUCCCCAUCUCCAGAGUCCCCAUCUCCAGAGUCCCCAUCUCCAGAGUCCCCAUCUCCAGAGUCCCCAUCUCCAGAGUCCCCAUCUCCAGAGUCCCCAUCCCCAGAGUCCCCAUCUCCAGAGUCCCCAUCUCCAGAGUCCCCAUCUCCAGAGUCCCCAUCCCCAGCUCCAGGCCGGGCUCCAACUCCUUCGGUCCAUCCCACACCCAGCAGCAGCAACAACAGGAGGAAGAAUACGAGGCACAACAACAGCUAGACUUCAACAACACCGUUAAAGACCUGUUAGGUGACGACGGCCUCAACGUCGACGCCGAAGGCCUCAACCCCAGCUCUCAGCUGGUUGGUCAGGUGGCCUCGGAACUCAACGCCGCCGUGGCGUCCGACUUCACCAACGACAUCAGGCUGACCUCUGACCUCUCAAGUAGCAUCACAGACCUGAACACGUUGGACGCCAACCUGCUGUUCGAUCCGUCCAAUCAGCAGCAAGAACAGUACGAAGCCGCCACACUGGAAGAGCUGAAGAACGACCCUCUGUUUCAGCAGAUAUGUAGUGAUACU